CACGCUUGACUUUGCAGCUGUGUUUUUGUGGUGUUAACUGGUGUUAAUUUAAAUCUGGUUGUUUUUGUCGUCAGGUUGCCCCUCUUGUUUGUUUUAUUUUUGUUGUGGCCUGUCAAAUGUGUCACUUUGUCAAUGAGUCAAAAUGACCUGGUGCAGUGUUCCUAGUUACAAUUUAAUUAUAAUAGACCGAUAAUAUUAAAUAAAUAUGUGAAAGUAUUGUGUUUAGCGUUCCGGGACACUAUGAUUGCAAUGGAGGAUAACAACACAAUGACUUUUGUUUGUUCGGAACUAUCGUCUACAAUGUUCCAAAAAUUAUACGACCAAAAGAAGUCGAACAGAUUCUGCGAUCUGACUUUGCACGUCAACAACAAAGUCAUCAAAGCCCACCGUAACGUACUCGCAUGCAGUUCUCCCUAUUUCGAUUCAAUACUAAAACAUCACAAAAUAAUCAGAGAACAACUAAUUAUAACUUGCUUAGAUAGUGAAAUUUUUAACACAAUACUGACAUACAUGUAUACAGGCGAGAUCACUAUUGAACACUCGAAUGUAGAAGAGCUACUCAAGCUAGCCGAUCACUUUAUAAUAACUAAAGUAAUAGAGUAUUGCAUAGAAUUUUUAGGAACCAAACUGAAUUUAGAUAAUUGUCUCUUUACAUAUUUUUUAACGCAACGUUUUAAAUUGAAACAUUUAGGAAAUAUAGUUGAGAAUUGGAUAAUGAGUCACAUUGAUGAGGUCUGCGACGGGGACGAAAUCAUCAGCUUAAACGUCCACGAGCUGCAGGAUUUCUUCAGAAAUAAAAGUUUCGUGCUAUCGACUGCCAAAGCUUUAAACGUGUUGUCACAAUGGGUUUUACACAACGUCGAAAAACGUGAACAUUACUUCGAUAGACUUAUCAAAUGUUUUCCCGCGAAUUCUCUAGAGCCCGCCGAAGUUUUCAAGCACCUAGAUACCUGCAUUUUGUAUAGCAAAAGCGAGCUGUCGUUGUACCGAUUUCUGGACUACUUGGUCCAGAACAACUGGAUGCUGUCUAAUUUUAAGUCGCGCUACGACGGUCUGCACAUAAAAUACGGACAGUUGCAGCUGAUUUCGUGCAACAAACACGAGGAAGAAGACUCGAAAUCGGACAAGAUUAUCGUUUCAGAGAAGAACGACUCGAACUCGUCGCAGAACAAUUUUAGUUCAGUAUUAGUUAAAGCGAAACUGCGGAACAAAAAGCAACUCAUUUUGAAAAGACUGAUGUUAUUUGGUUUAAAACCUAGCUUAAGAAUGGCGGCGUUGAAGAUGCUCACGUCGAAGAAGAAGAGUUUGCCGGUGACGGAUUCGGGGCAGGACGAAGAAGAGGAGGAACUCGAUGACAAAAUGGGUAUUAAGUGCCCCAUUUGCUUCACCACCAUCAACGACAGCCUCCUUCUCGAGCAGCACUUGGCUUUGAGUCACGCCAAAGACGUGACUUACAAGUGCGGGAUUUGUUCGUUCGUGUGUCAGUACCACGGUGACUACUUAAACCACAUGAAAAGCCACUUCUCCGGGCCGCCGUACAAAUGCGACUACUGCGACACCACCACCGACCAAAUCUCCAAACUCAUCACCCACCGAGCGCAACACCUCGAGGAAUCCGUCUAUCAGUGCACCUUCUGCGCCUUCAAAUGUCGACUGAAAAGCAACUUCGUGUCCCACCUGAAAAUCCACACCCCCGAGAAGACCUUCAAAUGCGAGCACUGCGCCAAGAGUUUUAGGUUCAAGCAAAAUUUAGAAACGCACUUGUUGACCCACGGUGGAGAUAAGAACCUCACGUGCGAGUCCUGUGGCUUUCACACCAAGUUCCUUAGUCACAUGAUCGCGCACAAGCGGAUCCACGCCGCGAAGAAGAGCCAAUUGGCUAAUCACGCUAAGGGUCACAAUGGGGUGCGGCCGCACUCGUGCGGCAUCUGCGGGCGCGGCUUCAUGGAGAAGUCGCACCUGGUGCGGCACGAGCGCAUCCACCUGGAGGAGAAGCCGUUCAAGUGCUCGAAUUGCGACUACGCGAGCUCGAGGAGGGAUAAGUUGAAGGAGCACUUCACGAGGCACCACGGGGAGAACGCGUCGGCGAAGGUGCCGUACAAAGCGAGGCCGAUGAGGAACAACUCGACGCGGCCGAAGUCGCAGGAGACGACCACAACCACCACCAACAACAACAACAAUAACAACAACAACAACAACAACGUGAACUUUUCGCAAACGAAUAGUAGUACGACGAAUUCGACGUCAGGAGUGAGUCAGCCAAUAGGCAACGAAAUUCAGGACUUGAUAAUGCACCACCAGAACCAUUCGGCGUCGACGGCCGCCACGAACCUGUCGGCUAUUAACUCGAAUUAUCACCACUUCGGCGACCCCACCGAUUUUCACCAUCAUAAUCAUGCACACAAUAUACAUAAUCAGAUUUUGGCUUCGGGGCACAACCAGAGGUCUGCCACUCAGCAUCAUAAUAAUAAUAUUGUUAAUCACCACAUGUUGGCAAGAACUAAUCACUCCACAGCCACUUCAACUGCCGCCGCCGUCGCCGCCGCGAUGAUGCUCGAUCCGAGGUUCCACCACAACACUUCCGUGCCCUACCACCCCACUACGACCCCGGUUUCGAUGGCCAUGGCGGCCGUUCAGUCCUCGCAGCAAAUCCAAGCCUCCGGACAGCACUCCGAGUAUCCGCCAUCUCUGCAGAACUGCAUGACUCUCUUCUAGUCUGAAUACUUGUGAUUCCUAUUUUGUUAUCUAGUUUUUAAUUGUAUUACUCGGUAUUUGUUGAUCUCAAUGUUGUACGUUUCUGUUGAUUUACUAGCAUGUUAUGUUCAUGUUUUGUUCUCAUAGGUUUUAUAUUAUUAUUAUCUUCGCACGAAAAGUAAUAAACAGUAAUGUGUAUCGUA